AUGUCUUCUUUAAAGCAGCAGUUGAAGAAAAUAGGUACUCUCGACUUGCGUAGUGUAAGUGAGGCCUCCAGAAAGACCCGUGCCUCUUUUCUCUUCAGUGCUCGUGAAGCUGCUGACCAAGACCUUGAAACAAUUUAUUCUAUUGCAUACAAUGGUAUCAUGGAGCUUGUUAUUCUCGAUGAAAAGUUUGCAGCUUUUGAAAAGACUUUGUUCUCCGAGAAAAUGAAGUCUGUAGAUAGAGUUCUUCAGACUAAAGAAGAAAAUGAAAAACUUGAUGCUAGUAUUAACUCUUUCUUGUCUCAACUUUCACCUUAUUUCCUAUUGAAGCCUUCUGGAAAAGUAUUGGAAUAUCUUAUUCGUCGCUUCCGUAUUCAAGAUUUUAAUGUCGAAUCAAUCAUAAGAUGCAUCUUACCCUACCAUGAAACAAAAUCAUUUGUCAAAAUGGUCUCAAUUUUGAACAUAGAAGAAAAAUCACCUUGGGAAUUCUUGACACCCAUUAAAAAGUCUUUGCUCCCUCUUGAGCGCUCUUUGUUGGUCAAGAAAAUGUUGAAGAAUAGAUAUGUUUUCGACUUUAUUUGUAAAACUGUCAAUCGAUCUCUUGUCCCUUUCCAGACCUUGUAUUCCUUUUAUGCUGCUUUGCUGACUGAUUAUAUCAAAUUAGCACCUUCUGUCAACACCGAUAUGACGAUUGCUCUUACUCCUCACUUGAUUGAUGGUUUGAAAGCCAAGAAGCUACCUGAAUUGCAAUUGGCUACCUAUAUGAUUCUCUCUCAAUUGUCUUCUAAAGCUGUCUUUAGCAAGGAGGGUGUUGAAGCCUUGGUGGAUACCAUGUUGAGAAACUAUAAGAAGUCAUACUUUAGUUACUGCUUGUUGACUACUGUGCACCUCUGUCAAACACAAGAAAGCUUUGAAACAGUAUCAGAUUCUGCUAUCAAGGCCAUGUUCAAGCACUCUCAAUUUGAACAAACAGUUUUGGAGAUCACGGACAAAUACGCCACUGAUAGAUUUUUUGCUUCCUUCUUGAAGCCAAUGAUUCGCCAACCCAAAAACGCUCAACUUUUGGAAACACUUGUUUUGAAGGGAUAUCUUUCCAGCAAAAACAUUUCCUUGUUAUGUCAGUGUGUGAUGGAUAAUUACCUUGCACUCGCCAAGGAUGAAGAAAGCAAAAAGGACUUUGUGUCUAAAUACCAAUCCCUUUUAGCCAUGGUUUCUCAACGUUACGUAGAAGAAUUAGAUGUCGUGUUGGAAAGCAAGUUGAACGCUGUCAAGGACAAUGAAAAGUUGAACAAGGAGCUUUAUGAAUUUACCACUUCUGCUUUCAAGGGUACUCGUCAUGAAAUUAUUGAAGAAGCCAACACUACACUUUAUCUUUGUCUCAAUAGCCCUGCUAUUACUAACCGUCUUUUGGCUAUCAAGAAGCUGGUUUCUAUCAUUGAUGAUAAAUCCAACCCUUUGGCUCAAGCUCCUGAAAUUUUUGAAUCCUCUUUGGCUGGUUGUUUGGAUCAAUUCAAUGCUUUGUUUAACUAUGUGCUUGAAGAAGUGCCUAACCAUUUAUUGAAUUAUGUUGCUGCUGAUAAGAUCAUUGCUUCUUUUGAUCAGCUCUUGUCUGCACGUGGUGCAUUCAACUCCAAGGAUGCCGUUACUAUUAUCAAGUUCCUGUUGUCUGAUUUUAUCAAAAAACACCCUGAUCAAGAUGCUCAAGCUGCACGUAUUUUGUCUGUCUUUAUCUUCUCUGCAUCUAGCAAUAACCUUACUAACUUGCUGAAGCGCAUUGGCUCCGUUUCCUUGAAAGAAAGCCCUGUUUUGUCUGCUAUGUUAGACAAUCUUAAGUCUGCUGCUAAAUCUGAAGACAAGUUUGAAAUUGCUACCAAAUUUAUCAGAUUGCAAGCUGAUUUGAUCAAACAAAACAAAAAGCAAGAAUAUGCCGACUUUUGGAUUCUUAUGAUCAAGAGCAAGUCAAAAGGCGAAAGUAUUCUUGGUCAAUUGGUCAUUUCUUUGGCACUUUCUAUUGUCACUAAGCCAACAGAACAACGCGCUUUGGGUAAAUGCACAUUAGAUGCUGUAUUGGUUGCCAUUCAAGAUAAAAAGGAUGUCUUCUACUCUACUCGAUUGAGCGGCGGAUUUGUCGAACAAAAAGGAUUGCCUUCAAAGGAAGUUAUCAAGCAGUUGAGAAAUAUUGAUGAUGUUACUCCCGCUACCUUUGUUCAACUCUCUCAAUUCACUUUGUUUGCCUUGGUCACCUCUGUCACUCGUCCUGAAGGUGACAUUAACUGGUAUAGAACAAACGCAACCCACGGUGACUAUAUCCAAUUGAUUACCAAGCUCUUUGAGUUGUUUGUAUCUGGUCCCUCUGUUUCUGCUUUUGAAGAUGCUAUUACCGUGCUUGUCAAGAGCCAUUUGAGCACUGACGUGUUACGCUUCUUGACAAGCAUUUGGACAAACAAUGAAAAACACUAUGUUGUCCGUGCUCGUGCAUUGCAAGUGACUUCUGCCUAUCUUAGCCAUUACAUCACUACCAAGAACACCAAGAUUGAUGUCCAACACUUGAUACCUGCUCUUUUCCCUACUUUGGGCGACAGCCAUCAAUCUGUCCGUGCUCAAGGUUUGCAUUGUUUGGAAAACGUUCGUUUGAUUUACUUGAGUCUUGGUUUACCCAGUGGUCAUAAAGUCUAUAAUACUACUAUUCCAUCUGAAGACAUCUCCAAGGCCAAGGCUGCUACUGACAUCACUGUGCUCCCUGCUAGUACUUUCUAUGAUGCAGCUGCUUCUAUUACUGCUCUUAAAUCCAAUGAAGCUGCUCAUCUUGUCGAUUUUAUCUGGUAUAGACACAAUGAAAUUAGCAAAGAUCAUACCUAUGUUACCCGUGUGUUUAAGGAAUACCUUGUGUUGUGCGAAGAAUCCAAAGAAAAGCAACACAAGGCUCGCAAGACGCAUACGCUUACUUUCUUGCUUAACCAUGUGAAUGAUGCUCCUACUGUUGAAGUCAAGAUCCAUAUGUUGUCCAUGUUGGACGCUAUUGAUAGUCCUCUCAAACUUCAAUUGUUGGCUUCUCUUUUGGAAAAGACGUUGAAUGAACCUCGUACUACCAAAUCAACCGUUUUGGUGUCUUACCUCAUUCGCAACUACUUGCCUUCUAAUGCCAGCGACUUGGGUGUAAAGAACGACAAGACAUUGACUCUUUUCCUUCGUCUGCUUGCCAACAAGGACACACUUCAAGGUGCUGAUGAAGAUGGCUGGCAAGUUUCUACUCGACACUAUGCUCUCUCUCAAAUCACACCUGAGUUUUAUGCACAGGCAAACGAAAAAGCUCAACAAGCCAUCUUUUCCUCUUUGGUUGACAUUGCUACCAACGGUGUGCAAAACGAAGUUCGUGCUUCCAAGGUUGUUUUGGCCAAUAUUGAUGUGAAUGCCAAGCUGUUUGAGGGUCUUCUUGUUACUGCUGCUAGAAAUCUUCUGGGUAGUCAUGCCAAUCAUGUUCCUAGUGCUAAGCGUGGUCGUACCACUGCUGAAGUUCAACAGACAUCUACUGUUGAUCUUUACGAACUCGUCACUGCUCUUGAAUUGGUUGAGAGUAAGACAAUCACCAAGGAUGAAACACUUGUGAAGCCCUUGUUUGAGGUGUUGACUGCUAUGGUUAAUGCUGAUCUUCGUGAUGCUCCUGUCUCUAUUGAAUACAUUAACCAAUUGCUUAUGUCUGCUUUGACUCGUAUCAUCCAACAUGCUGAAGAAAAAGGUGCUACUAUUGAAGAAUCCGAUCUUCGUGUGGACAUCGUCGUUCAAUGUAUCCGUAUCACUGGCAACCCACAAACCCACAAUCAAGCUUUGUUGUUGAUGGCUACCAUUGCUUCCAUGUUCCCUGAAUGUGUAUUGCACAACAUCAUGCCUGUCUUUACCUUUAUGGGUGCCAAUGUGCUUCGUCAAGAUGACAACUACAGUUUCCAAGUUAUUCAACAAACACUGGAAAAGAUUUUGCCUCCCUUGGUUGUGUCUAGCAGAAAGUCCAACAAUGAUGACGAAGCUGCUCUUGUGUUGGAAGUCAAGCCUAUCAUCAAAGUCUUUGUGGAUGCUUUGUUCCAUAUUCCCAAGCACAGAAGAUUGCGCCUUUUCACUGUUCUCAUUCAUACUUUGGGCGAAAACGAAUUCCUCUAUGCCAUUAUCUCCUUAUUGUUGGAGAAGUUUACUGAACGUUUGGCUAAGGGUGCUCGUUCUGAAGCAGAGUCACUUACUGAAUUCAGUUUGGUCAUUAGUCAACACUUUAGCCCUGAAACUCAAAUGAACGCUAUCUUGGCUUUAUUGAACGGUAUGCUUGCUUUGCCUAAUGAAAAGCCAGAAGACGAAGAUAUGAGCGAAAAAGAAGCCCACUUGUUUAAUCUUUCUGAACACAGUGCCAAACAGCUACGUCAAUACAAGCUCGCUACACUUAACUUUAUCGGCCAACUCUUGACUUCCAAGGGCUUCUUAAGUAAGGUCAUGACUCAAGGAAACACAAAUGAAGAAUUCGCUCAAAUCAUGCAACCUUACUAUCUUCAAUCUGUUGAAAUCAUUCUCAAGAUCAUUGCCUACUUUACUGAAUACCGCGAUACUUAUUCUGUUUCCAAGGAUGCUGUUCCUGGUAUUGCCAAAUUCUGGAGAGCUAUUAUUAAGGUUGUCUAUGACGUUCUGGACAAGGUGAAUGCUCUUUUGCCUUUGGAUGCUUUCAUCCAUGUUAUUUCUGAACUAAUUCAACACAACGAUCUCUCUGUACGUCGUAAGGCUAUGAACAUCUUUAAUGAAAAGGUGAUGUCUUUCGAGGGUCAUGCUCCUGAAGGCUCGGAAGAUUCCUUGAUUAAUAUGGUCAAGAACUUGACCAAUGUGAUUCAAAAGGAAUCUACUGGUUUGGCUACUGAAGAAGAGAGUACUGUAAACAAGCAAUCCGCUUUGCUCUGUAUUGCUUCUCUUGCCAAGGUACUUGGUAACCUUUAUCCUGGUCAAUUUGCUGAAGCCAUUCCUAUUGUGAUUGGCCCUGACAGUCUUCAGUCCAGCAACAACCAAUUACAGAUCUCUAGUCUUGUAUGCCUUACUGUUGUUUGUCAAGAAAUUGGUCCUCGUGCAGUCCCUCACCUGCCUAAAUUCAUGCCUAUUGCUACUGACAUUCUCAAUACAACUGUUGAAGCUGAGAAUCCCAAUACACUCUUGCAAAUGGGUGUCAUUACUGCUCUUGAGACCAUUGUAUCUGUCUUGCCUCACUUUAUCAGUCCUUACAUCACCAAGAUCUUGACUGGUCUUUUACACCCUUCUGUCUAUCACUUUGAUCCUGCACAGACUCAAAGGGCUACCAUUGAAUCCAAGGCAGUGGCUGUAUUGUCUCAAUUGGCUACCAAUGCCUCUCCUCGUGUUCUUUUGAGUCCAGUCUUUGCUUUUUACGAAACUGCUGUCAAGAAUGGCAAGAAGUCUGUCUUGGCUCUUUGUUCCGUUGUCUCUCAAGCGAUUCGUACCAUGUCUCGCGAUGUCAUGACGUCCUACUAUAAGCAACUCUUCAAAUUUUUCUUGAUUGCUUUUGAUGUUCGUCGUGCUCAUGACAAGCAAUUUGAUGAAGCUGAUAUCGAUGAUAUUGAAGGCUCUGUUAUUUCUGCCUUCCUCGAUUUAGUGAUGAAGUUGAAUGAAACCUUGUUCAAGCCCUUGUUCCUCAAGGUCGUUGACUGGGCUACUGUUGAAUUGGCCUCUGAGAACCAAGAUAGCUUGAAGCGUGUCUUGUUCUUUUACAAACUUGUGGAUUCUCUUUUAGAAAAGCUCAAGUCUAUUUUCACACCUUACUAUGGUUAUUUGAUCGACGAUGUGAUUAUGCGAUUGGAUCGUUACAAGGAAGAGGAGCAGCCUAUCGAUGUUCUUUGGAACUACAUCAUGUCUGCUCUUCGCAAGUCCUUCUUGUAUGACAACGAUAACUUAUGGAAUGCUACCAAGUUUGAAAAGAUCAUGGAUCCUGUUGUGGAUCAAUUGUUAGUGACUAGCAAGGGUAUAAAUGUGGACUAUCUUAGUCGUAUGAAUACCUAUGUUGUUUCUUGUGUGGGUCAAAUGGCUGUUACUGUCUCAAAUGAUACUCUCUGGAAGCCUCUUAACCAUAAGGUAUUGAUGAAGACCCGAGAAGACGAUCCUGAAAUUAGAUUGGCUGCUUUGAAGUGUAUUGAAGAAUUCUAUAUUCGUCUCGGUGAAGAAUGGUUGCUCUUUUUGGCUGAAAGUAUCUCUUUCCUUGCUGAACUUAUGGAAGAUGAUGAUAUUCGUGUUGAAAAGGCAGUUCAACAAGUCAAUGCAACUAUUGAGUCUCACUUGGGUGAAAGCUUAGAUAAGUUCUUUAACUAG